AUGCUAGUUAUUAGAAUUUUGCUCUUCCUAAGCCUAGUAAUUUUCAUCAAUUCUAGGAGAUCCGCUAAAAGCAAACGAAUAAUAAUUCUUGUUUUGGGAAGAAUUGACCAAAGUCCGCGUAUGCAAUAUCAUGCACUAAGCUUUGCAAAAGAAGGAUGGGAAGUUAAUUUAGUCGGCUAUCAAGAUAAGAAAGCGUCUGGUUUGUUUCGGAGUCACCAAAAUAUUAAAAUCCAUGCAAUACCGACCCUUCCUAAACAAUUUUCUUUUCGUUCACGUUUAUCCUUCCUACUAAUUGCACCGGCGAAAAUACUUCACCAAUUGUUGUCUCUCCUUUUCAUUAUUUUUAAAAUAAAGCAAUCUUCUUACUUCCUUGUCCAAAAUCCUCCUUCCAUCCCGACGUUCUUUUUGGGACAUGUCCUUUUUUUAUUACGCGGUACUCGUUUUGUUAUUGACUGGCACAAUUUUGGCUAUACUAUUCUUGCUCUAAAACUAGGGAAAAAUCAUCUAUUCGUUAAAAUCUUGCGCAUAUAUGAACGUAUACUGGCCAAGUAUGCUUACUGCCAUAUAACAGUUUCCCAUAGCAUGCAGCGAGUAUUGGAAGGAUGGGGAAUUCGCCCAUGCCAUGUAUGUUAUGACCGUCCACCAGCUCAUUUUCAGCCUUUACAAGCUUCAACUCGAACGAGUGAUUUACAAGUAAUCCCUGCCGAUUUUGACCCCAGGAUAGAGAAGCUUCUUGUUACAUCAACGUCUUGGACCCCUGAUGAGAAUAUAUAUGCUCUUUGGGAUGCCCUUAAGAUGUAUAGUGAAACUCAGAAUGCUGUACCCCUUCUCGUUCUUGUUACUGGUAAAGGACCAGGAAAGGCUGAUUUUGUAAAACACAUCGAAAAGAAUCCUCUUGAAAAUAUUCGAUUUUGUUUGCCUUGGUUUAGUUCUGAAGAUUAUCCUCGAGCUAUUGCAUGCGCAGAUUUUGGAGUUUCUCUUCACCAAAGUUCUAGCGGCUACGACUUACCUAUGAAAGUAGUAGAUCUGUUUGGAUGUGGUGUUCCCGUUGUUGCUUGGAAUUUUCCAGCUAUUUCUGAACUUGUUCAUGACAACGAAAAUGGUUUCAUUGUGGACAAUUAUGUCGAGCUUUAUAAAAAAAUUGAGAUGCUUUGCUCCGACGAGCGUAUGCUUCAAUCUGUACGACAAGGUGCUCUUGAUGAAUCUAAAAUUCGCUGGGACGAUGAAUGGACAAAGACAAUCCCUCAAUUGUUUACUUUAGAUUCUAGUUAA